AUGCAAUUGCCAACGUCGACCUCGACGUCUUCAGCAUCAAAUUUUCGGCGACCAAGCCUGAGCGCAUUCAGAUACCCCACAGCACCUGAGACGACAGUACACACUGACUCUGCUUCCUCAACGGCGCAAAUAUCAUGCGCUUACCGAAGACGUUAUGCCUCGUAUCUAGCAGCGUCCUUUGGCAUAAGUUUUGAAGCCGCACUUGCAGACACAGAUGCCCAGCUAGCCCCUCGAAGGUCGUCAUAUGUUUCGGAAUCGGAGGUUGACCGAAGAGAAUAG